AUGGCUAUUAUCCCAGUUACUCUAUCAUGGCUUCCUCUACUUGCACUCCUCUCCCUGCCCUUCCUUUCUCUCUGUCUUCUUUAUCUAAAGAAGAAGACAAUCAAACAAGCCAAGCUCCCACCAGGCCCUCCAAGGCUUCCAAUCAUAGGCAACUUGCACCAGCUAGGCAAAUUGCAUCACCAAUCCCUGUUUCAACUCUCUCGAAAAUAUGGUCCAGUCAUGCUAUUAAAACUUGGUACCACCCCAACCAUAGUAAUCUCGUCGGCGAACAUGGCCAAAGAAGUCUUGAAAACACACGACAUUGACUUUUGCAGUCGACCAUCCUCACCUGGUACAAAGAGACUUGCUUAUAAUUUCUUAGACGUGGCUUUCACACCGUACAGUGAUCAGUGGCAACAUACGAAUAGACUCUUUGUUUCUGAACUUUUUAAUUCGAAUCGCGCUAAAUUAUUUUGGCGUGCAAGAGAAAUCGAAAUUGAUAAUCUGAUAAGCUCUCUAUUGCUAGCCUCACCUAGUCCUGUGAAUCUUGACCAGAAAUUCUAUGCUUUGGUGGAUGGAGUCCUUUGCUCUGCUGCUUUUGGUAAAAGCUAUAGAGGAAAGCAAUUUAAGGGUCAAAAUUUGGAAGAUGUUCUUGCUGAAACUCUGAAGAUGUUGAGUAGUCUCUCGGCCGAGGACUUCUUUCCAUGGAUUGGAUGGAUCAUAGAUAUCAUAACUGGGUACCAAACAAGGCUAGAUAAGUGUUUCAAUAACCUUGAUGAUUACUUUCAAAUGGUGCUUGAAGAGCAUCUUCAUCAAGACAUGCCAAAAUCUGAUUGUGAAGACCUCGUUACUUCUCUGGUUAGAUUAUCAAAAGAUAAAACUGGUGCUUUCUGCCUGACAAACAACCAUAUCAAGGCAAUUCUCUUGGAUACAUUUAUUGGAGGAACUGAUACGAGUGCGAUCACAAUGGUGUGGGCAAUGUCCGAAAUUGUUAAGAACCCUCGGUUGGGAUUGAAGAUCAGGUAG